AUGGGUUCCAAGAGAAGUUAUUCCUCUUUAAAUUACGAUGUUUCGAGAAAAAGGGUGUUGGAUCUCUUGGAGGUUCCUUUAAAGAAACUCACAAUUGAAGAUCCAUCAAGUGACCUUGAUGUCGAUAUGGUUCAUCGUAAUCGGAUUGCCUAUUACAAAAACAAAUACACCGUCGUCGUCGAAGAUUUGGAUGCUGAAAUUGAGGAAGAAGAAGAUGAUAAAAAGAAAAACAGUUCUUUGAGUACACCGGAACAAUCCAGAUUAAAGCUUUCGGUUAUAUCUCCUUUAGAGAAAAAGCUGAAACGAGAUCUAUAUUGCCUCCUCUAUCAACGUCCUUCUAUGAAAACGGAGUUGCCUCGUUCUGACUACUCUAUUAGCUCUAAAUAUGCAUCUUCCGCUGACUUGCCAGAAGCAGAAAAGCUAUUCGAAGAAGGAAGGUCAUCCUUCAAUACGACCCGUGGAAACGCCUCUUGCAAAUCACUCCGAUUCUCAUGCGACCUUGAUUUGGGAUAA